CUGUAUGCUGAACUGUUGCAGGCAUGCUCUUGGUCUGAUUGGCUAGUGUUGCAUGCCUUGCCUGUCUCUUGACAUGUGCUGUAUGUUGAAUUGUCAAAGGUGUUCACUUCAUCUCCUUGGCCACUGGAAGUCGUGUUGCAUGCCUUGCUUACCUCCUUCUUUGGUGAGGGAUUAGGACCAAUCCUUAUUCUUCAGUUGUCCGUUCAUGACUCAUGCCGAGUCCUGAAUGUCAAAGGGAUGAGCCCCUUGAUUUCACUGUGUGCAGGUACACUCACAAUUUCAUUAGUGACUCGUCAGGUGCCACUCUCGUCGCAACACGUGGCAAGCCAUUAGAUCAGCAGCGGUUUCUCCAUGCUGCUGCAAGGAAAGGUGGGGUACGAGCGGUGGUUCUCAACCCUUUGGUGCGUCAGCUUGCUAAAGGAAUGCUGGGAGAUUAUCAUCAUCGCCGGGAAUGCAGUGACAAUCCGGUCCAUGCCCGAGCACACCUUAUUCCAAGUUCUGGGAUCUUGACAGUGCUGAUGCUUCUUGCUAUGUGUGAUCGUGUGACAAUCUACGGUGUCGGCGGAGGGAGAGACAUCCCAUACCAUUAUUUUGGGAACGAGAGAGCUUAUAAUGGUCAUUCAUUUAAAUUGGAGCACUCUUUGAUCUUCUCACUAG